AUGGCCGCGGCAGGCGUUCAGCUACCACAGACUUUGCAGGGCGAGGAGCAGGUGCAGCGCCUGGACACGGAGAUCGGCCGCCUGAGCCAGGAGUGGCGGCAGAAGCGCGACUCCUUCCGUGCUCGCACCUCUAUGGUUUCGCCGGAUGAGCAGUUGGUAGCUGCCGCUGCAAACGGACGAAUCCAGGAGUGCCGCCAGCUACUCCAGCGUGGUGCAGCUGGCCCUGAAGCGACGUCAAAGGUGGGCCAGUCAGCGCUCAUGGCGGCAGCGCGGGCUGGAAGCGCAGAGGCCGUCUCGCUCUUGCUGGCCGCCCGUGCAGAUCCCAGUUCCGCACGCGGCGAGCGCCGAACCACGGCACUGCAUUCAGCCGCGGAGCUCGGCCAUGGCAAGAUCUGCCUGGCUCUCCUGUCUGCCCGGGCGGACCCGGAAAAGGCAGACGCCCGCGGAACGACACCAGCUUCGAUGGCUUCCGACAAGGAGGCCCUGUGGCCGCUGUUUGCAGCAGUCGGCUGCGAACGGGCACCGCCUCAGUCGUCGCUGAGUUCAACAACUUCUCCGGAGUCGACGAUGUGCUCGACGCGACCAAGCUCGGGCCACAGCACCGUGCGGACUGCUCGUGCUUUGCCAGUGGCUCCCAUCGACAUCUUGGCCUCGGAGUCUGUCGGUGGCCUUGAAGCCCUGGCUUCAAAUUCAUCACAGCUCAGGUCCCUGGGCCUCUAG